AGCGGCGUCGUUGUCGGGAUCGCCCGAGUCGCGCGCGCGGGCGAUCAGUCGGGAGCGUGAGUUCAGUCUGUGGAGACGUGUCGACGUCCGCGCCGUUACCGGUCCGCGCCGCGUCGCGUCUAACCGUUCACCACCAUCCGCGCGUCGUACGUUACGUCAAAACGCCACGCCACGCCACGCCACGCGAUCCGUCGUCGUUGUCGUUUUCGUCGUCGUAAGAUCGAGGUGCUCGCGCGCGCGCGCGUCCCGUCGUCCGUCGCCCGUCGCUCGUGAUAAAGUGCCUGCGGAUCUGUGUGUUGUGUUCAACCGCCUAAUAAAGUGUCGCUGGCUGCGGACUAACGGAGUUGCCUCGCUCCCACGAGGGAGGAAACGGAGUAAUCGGAGGAAACACCGGAGGAGAUCCUGCCAUCGAGCUGUCCCGAGACGCAGUCCAUUUUCCCCGGCUGUGAUGCUGCGGUCGGCGGAUCACCUUCUUCUGCAUCCGAGCGGCGAGAUCGCGCUCCGAUUAUGAUGUGAGCUACUGAAGGUGGGAUCCUCAGGAACCGCGAGGUCCUCGCAAUGGAGGCGGGACCAAAGCAACAACAGCCGCCGCUACAACAGCCCCAGCAGCAGCAGCAGCAACAAUCGCCUCAGCAGCAACAGCAGCAACAGGAUUCACCCGGCAGCGCUCAGAGCCAAACAUCUAUCGGUCCUCAGGGUUGCCCGACGCAGGGUCAAGGUCAGCAAAAUGCGGAGGACGCGCUUGCGGCGACGGAGAACACCCCCGUCAGCGAGGGUGUGCUUCUCGCCCGGAUCCACGUGCCCGAGCUUUACGUCAGCAAGUGUCUGCAGUUCCCGAAGGAUCAGCUGGUCUGGGACGUGAAGCAGCAAUGUCUGGCGUCCUUGCCCAAGGUGGCCACUUGGUACAGGGAGCUGAAGGAGAGCUUCAAUUACGGCCUUUUCUGCCCGCCGGUGAAUGGAAAAGCUGGGAAAUUCCUGGACGAAGAACGCCGUCUCGGCGAUUAUCCUUUCAAUGGACCCGUCGGCUACUUGGAGCUCAAAUACAAGAGGCGGGUGUACAAGAUGCUGCAUUUGGAUGAGAAACAACUCAAGGCUAUGCAUACCAGGACGAAUUUGCGAAGGUUAUUGGAUUAUGUGCAGAGCAGUCAGGUUGAGAAGAUCGCGAAGAUGUGCAGCAAGGGGCUGGAUCCUAAUUUUCAUUGUCAGGAAACAGGAGAGACGCCGUUGACUCUGGCAACAACCUUGAAAAAGCCGUCCAAGGUUAUAAUUGCAUUGGUCAAUGGCGGUGCUCUACUGGACUAUCGAACGAAGGAGGGUCUAACGGCUAUGCACCGCGCCGUGGAACGAAACAGUUUGGAAGCGGUAAAAACGCUUCUGGAGUUGGGGGCUAGUCCGAAUUACAAGGAUACCAAGGGCUUGACGCCGCUCUAUUAUAGCGUCAUUUACAAGACCGACCCGAUGCUCUGCGAGACGUUGCUUCACGAUCACGCGACGAUAGGAGCUCAGGAUCUCCAGGGCUGGCACGAAGUUCAUCAGGCAUGUCGCAACAAUCUGGUGCAGCAUCUGGACCACCUGCUUUUCUACGGCGCUGACAUGAACGCGCGCAACGCGUCCGGUAAUACGCCGUUGCACGUGUGCGCGGUGAAUAACACGGACGCCUCGUGCAUACGUCAACUACUCUUCAGGGGCGCGCAGAAGGACGCGUUGAACUACGCGAACCAAACGCCGUACCAAGUCGCGGUGAUCGCGGGCAACAUGGAGCUCGCCGAAGUCAUCAAGAAUUAUCAAUCGGAGGAAGUCGUACCGUUUAAAGGGCCGCCACGCUACAACCCGAAACGACGCUCAGUGGCCUUCAGUGGCACUUCCUCGAUGAUGACGACGAGCUGCUCGGCGAGCAAUUUGGGCACCCUCACCAGGAUACCGUCCAGCGAACAGCACGCGAUGUCACCUAGCGCCGGUGGUACCGCUGGUACCCUUACCAGAACCAUCUCGGUGGAACAGUACGCGAGUAUCACGCGGGUACCUUCCGCUGAGCAGUACGCUACCACCGCAGCAGCGGCCGUGAGUCUGAAUCGAGUACCGUCCACGGAACAACCGUAUCCACCACCUCCGUCGUCCGGCGUGCUCGUUCGAGUCGCGUCCGAGGAGAAAUACGCGUCGCCCAGCGCUGUGCUGAGCAGGGCCUCGUCCGGCGAGCGAUACGACGCCACCCUGAUCAGAGUACCGUCCUCCGAGCAGUACCCGACCACUAAUACGCUGAUCAGAGUACCGUCCACGGAGCAGUACCCGACCGCCGCGGUGGGCCUGACCAGAGUACCGUCCACGGAACAAUAUCCCUCCACCGGUGGUGGGAUCACGAUCGUCGGUCAGACGACCGAGUCGAGCCACCACGGAAGCCUCGGCAGAGUACCGUCCGUAGAAUCGAGCAGAAACGAUUUACCGAGAAUACCGUCCGAACAAAACGGCCACCGACUGACGUCGGAGUACCAGAGUCCAAAUUCCUUGAGAGAUUCUAACGUGAGAUUGCCGAGCGCCGCCGAAAAUUAUUCAAACUUGAGAAUGGAGGGACUGACGAGGCUGCAAGAGCACCGGCUCGAACUGCAGCAUCGCCUCGAUAUGCACAGAACGCAGAUGGAGAUGCCGCCGUCGCCGUCGCCGAGCAGCAGGAGUUUAGCGCCUUUCAGCUCGGCCAGCUCAAGUUUGUCCGAAGGCAGCAAUCAGCCGUCCGGCGAAGACUCGGCCAGCAUCGUCACAGACAAGAGCCUCGGCGACACGGCGUCCGACGUGAUCAGCGAUAGUUCCGGGGUGGGAACCUCGCAGUCCGACACGACCAAUUCAUUAUCCAUUCCCGGCACGACGGUGGUCUGCGUGGAGAACUACAGCAGCGGGAUCACCGGCCAUCUCACUAUCAAUCAAGGAGAUAUCCUUGAAGGUACACCGUCAGGCAAACCAUCAGCAAAACGUAACUACCAGAAAUAUUUUUCUGAUAGCAAGCGUGUUUUUGUUUCUUUAUUUUUAACAGUCACCGGUGCGACCGACUGCGGCCUCUUGGAAGGGGUCUUGCGCGGACAGGGUACCGGGCUGUUUCCUGCGCAUUGCGUUCAAGAAGUUCGAUUGCGCCACACAAAUAUACCUCUGGGCCCGCAACCCGCUAGGGAUGGACGAAAUCGAGUAUUGGGCCGCAGAGAGUCGCAGCACAAGUACUUUGCUACCGCACCCAGAUUGAAAAAACCUGUCACGUCGGAGCCACGCACUGUUGUUCUUCAUCGUUCGAGGAAAGGCUUUGGCUUCGUAUUGCGCGGCGCCAAGGCCACUUCACCACUAAUGGAACUCACUCCUUCAGCCAAAUACCCGGCGUUACAAUAUUUGGACGAUGUCGAUCAAGGAGGCGUGGCAGAUUUAGCGGGUCUCCGUAAAGGAGAUUUUCUCAUUCAAAUCAAUGGCGAGGAUGUAACGACAGCCUCCCAUGAACACGUGGUCGAUCUGAUAAGGAAAUCGGGAGAGUUGGUGCGAAUGACCGUAGUCUCGCCGGUGAUCAGUCUUCCGAAUUCCCAGUCGGCGGCCGCAUUGCCAACUAGUCAACCGAUUCAGAGACAAUAUGCAACCUUGCCGCGCAAGGGUAACAACAAUGUAGUGAUUGGCGGUACGCUCGGCAGGUCUCCAGCUCCUGUACCGCCGCGAAGAGAUCCGAAAACCACUCUAAGCGUGGGGCGAGCGAGAGCGCGAUCGAUGGUCGCGGGAUUAGAAGCAGGCGGCGAAAGGGAUGAUCGCGACGAGAUCGCGUCGACCGGUGCGAAGUCGAGCAGCGCGGAGUCGAUUCACAUGCCGCAGCAGCCAUCGACCGGAUCGAACACUGGUCAGAACACCCCAGUGCAACCGAGAACAGCCAGUAUUCGAUCGCGUCCAACCUCCAGCAGAAUCACCGCUGCGGAACUUGAAGAACUAUUUCAGCGGCAGCAGGGUAGCGCCGGCGGUCAAUACAGCUCGUCCAUGAUGAGCUCCUCUCACUUUCAGACUACUGGUCAGUCUACCAAGUCGCAUCCAUCGUCGCCUGCUAAGACCGGCAGGGUGUACGCGAGCGUAGCAGAGAUGAAGCGCAAGGGCAAAUCGCAAUCGAGAGUACGCUUCUUCGGUGGCUUGGGCGGCGGUUCCGAUCUUCACAGGGACUUCCAUAGCACACCGGAUCUCAACGUGCAAGCGCAGUCAUCCCUUUUGGCAACCAAGUGUCACAGAAGCCAAGAAGAUGUAAAUGCCAUAAACGGAAGAAAUGGGCUUCCACCACCGAAUCAUCCACCACCACCUCCGCCGGUCGGACAGGUCGUCAAAGUGAAUGUCGGCGCCAACGUGCCGGACGUCGUUACGCCAGCUUCGGUCUACGAUAACAUGGCACACAUCCAGCAGGUCAAAGAACUCGCGGCAGCCGCAGUUGACAGCUACGGAGUGAUGUCAAGCUUCCGGCCGUCGAAUAGUGCGAAACUGUAUGCCUCUCCGGAAGACAUGAAAACCGUUGGAUAUCGCUCGCGUAGUUUACCAGCUAAUCGUCCGCAUCUAAGGAAGUCUCAAAGUCUUCGUAGCACGCCCAGCAGUACGACUUUCAAGUCCAGCGGCAGCCAGCAGGCGCUAAAUACCAACAUUAACAUGAACAGUAACGGAACCGGUAACAAUUCGGUCAACAACCAAUACGCGCAACCGUUAAAGACGACCAGGAGCCACAGCAUAGCCGGUAUUCGCGAACGAAAAAAGAAGACUGUUGUGAGCAGCAGCUCAUCUAUCACAAACCUCUCAUCGAUUGCAUCCGGCGCGAAUGGACCUGUGCAACCUACUUCGGCACCGCCGAUUCCCGAGCCGGAUUACAGUCUGUCGGAGUCGGAGAACGACGAGGGUGAGGACGAGACGGACGAAGAUGGCGAAUCGGAGAUUGCGAAGGAACUGGAGAAAGCGGCGGCGCGAGAGAAGUUGGAGGCAACGCGAGAAACGUCCGGCAACUCCAACACAUCCGGCUCGAGUUCGUCGGGCAGUGGUUCACUACCGCAUUCGUUUAGCGUCGAGGAAAUUCAAAAAGUGCGCACGCAAUUAAAGUCGUCCAAGAGUCAUCCGAACGACUUUCUUUUGCAACAAAAGCAAGAAUCGCUCGUCGAGGAUGGCGACAACAGUUCGAGCGGCGUUAGCUCGGACCAAGAUGUGCCGGUGGGCCCGCCGAUGGGCUUCGACGAUACCGCCGUGCGGAAUAUGGCCAAUCAGGAGAGUAACCAGCACACGACUCCGGGAGGCGCGGCUCUACAGACCGGAGCCGGUCCAAUUGAAAAGGAAAGCAAUCAGACCAAACGACCAGGCUACGGUGGCAGCGGAUUGCUGACCAGGCACGCAGUUAGCUUGGCGCAGCUGCCGCCACCGAUCGAAGCCGAUGCUGAGGAACAGAACAACGAUCUGUUCGUACCACCGCCGCCGGAAUUCAACGCCGGUCCGUCUGCUGGUGGCCAUGACCAAGAAGUAGUAGUGUUCGCGCCGCCGCCGCAGUUCUGUGACAACAAGCAACAAACGCAACAGCAGCAGCAGCAGAUCACCUCGCAGAAUCGCGUCAAGAUAAUUGGCGCGAUUCCUAAGAUCGCUGGGAACCAAGUGAAGGCGUCGGGCGGUCGAUUACCGUAGAAAGGAAACCACGCAGAGCACGGAUGACUUAUUCCGUGUGUUACUUCCCGACGAGAAAAAAAUUUUUAACACAUACAUCGCGAUUUCGAAGUCAAUAUAUUUAGAGGCUUUCCGCCUUUUCGGUAGUGAUUACCGCGCGACGAGCGCACUAAAUUUAGACUACAUCGAUUCUUCGUAAGAAAGAGGAUCACUACGAUCCGCGCAAGCGUAUAUAAAGCGCGGUCGCUUGGACAACUUUUUUCCAAGAGUAAAUCGUAUUCUAAUCGAGCGUCUAGGAGUCGUAGGAAGUAUACCGAGGAGAUAAUCGAGCGCGUUUUUACCAAGUAAGUUUACGAGUGUGAGCGUACGUCCGAUUGCACCACAAUAGAGGAUUGGUUUGUCGCACACGAGCGCACGGUCGAUCAUAGGUUUAUCCAGCGCCACCCUGUCCGUGAGUGAGCCGACAGAUCCGCAAAUCGAUUCGCUGCGUCAUAGAGAGAACGUGAGCGGCCUAAGGGCACGAAGGAGCGAAUAUACACACAUUCCGAUGGGAGAAGACGAACCGCGCCGAGAGAGAUAGAAAAGCAGGAAAUACAUUUGAUGCGUGUACGCGUGCAUGAGUUGUGACGCGUGAAUGUGCGAUGCAUAUCGGUUUGUUUUUCAUAUUUCUAUCAAACUGCGAGGUGUGUUUUAAGUAAACUUUUUACACGACACGACCACGACACUCUUCGCUCCGAGAAAACACGGAACUGUCGAGACAAGUUUUUGCAAGUCGCUUCUAAACCAAUUUUAUGCAAAAGCGUUACAGCAGUCUCGCUCACUCUCGAUCCCUCUUUGCCGACAAAGCGUCGACGGCGAUGAUUUCAGUAACGAUGACGCGAAAAAUCACGUAACUGAUUAGUUAUUAAUAUCGAACAAGCGCGAUUUUUUUUUUAGUUUCUCUCGUGUCUAGACACUGCUCAAAUGCCUAAUCACAAAGCUCUACUCGCGAAGUCAUUAGAGAUUCUUCCUAGUUUGUAAUUGCAAAUAUUAUUAAUAUUAGUGUAUUAUGAUUUUAUUAUUAUAUUAUUAUUAAUUAUUGUUAGAGCAUUGUUAUUAUAAUUAUACGGCGACUAUUAACGCUCCACUGACGAAACUUUCGAGGAAGCGUAGUCGCGUCACAAAAGAAUGUGCAACACUAUACUUCGUUAUAAUGCACCGUCAUUACUUCUUAGCUUUUGUAAAGUAAAUCGUACUCCUUCCAUCCGCGUGAAAAGCGUCCUUGAGCCAGAAAACUUUGUGUUCAUACAUCACUAUUGAACAAGUAUGAAAAUCAAAGUCGUGCAUUCGAGAAAUCUUUCGCAAGCACGAAACUGAUGAUUGAAUUGGAUUCUCGAGCUCUUUGCACAAGCGCGGCCCAAAAUCUUCUUGCAAAUUAAUUGCGAGUAUGUAAAUAUAUAUACACACACAUACACCGAACCUUCCCGAUUAUCGUUUUUACGCCUUCGCGAACGCUAAACAAAAAUGAAUUGUAGCAUAAGUACAAGUACGCGUGAGUCGCCGUGUGAUUUUUGAGAUUUACGAAAAAAUCAAUCCUAUGUUUUUUUUAAUGUUCCUUCGAUAUAUUUCAUCAUUUGUUUGAUAUAAGCACCGAGAUCCGACACAGUGUUUUCUUGAACAUUCUUUUAUGUGUAUGAAUACACAAGUAGUUCGAGAGAUAUUCAGAUUUUGUCUGGAUAUUUUUAUCCAAAAAAUUGUAUUUUUUACAUGAAAAUUAUUAAAAUAAUAAUUUAUAAAAAUUUCAAAACUAUAAAAUUAUAACACGUAAAACUUUAAAACUAUAAUGCAUUCAAUGCAAUUUAUCCAUUAUAUCUUAUACAUUUAUCUUUUUGUAAUUUUCGAUUUUGAAACAGCGACAAACUUUUUCUAGAUUUUAUAUAUACAAUUUAUUAAAAUUAUACUUAGUACUCACAAAUCAGAAUAUCAUAAGAAAUUUCAAUAAAUACGCGAAAUACAUCCGAUGAUGUUCACCAGAUGUACACGCUGUGUGGGAUCGCGUAUCAUUCGCGGAAUUAUUUUGGAAACUCUCGUGGAUCAGCGAAAAGCAAUAUAACACGACACGCGUGCAUCACGACGGCUCGUACAAUGCAGCAAACGGAGAGAUCGGCUGAGAGACGAGGCUUUGUUUUUCUUUGCCGUGCACGUGGCGCGCGCGGCCACGUGGCGUUCCGUGCGAAGCGCGUGCACGACAUCAGCUGCGUGGACCAGCGGAUGCGCUAGGCGCAUGGUCGCGGCCGAGAUUAUAUAUAUAUAUAUAAAUAUAAAUAUAUAUAAUUACGACAUUCCUGCCAAAAGUAAUAUAGUAGUCUUAUAUAUCAAAAUUUACGCAAAAGAGAGACAGUUAACAUUGCGUAACACGACGGCGCGUAAGAGGAUACACUUUGUAAUCUAGUUGUUCCCUCCACACAUGCCUGUUCCCCUCGUUUCUCCUUCACGUCGCUAUGCAUGAUUGAACGAGAUCUUCGAACACACACAGCGAAGAAUGUGUGCUAUCCUGGACGAGAGAAGAUCCGGGGAUUGCCACUGUGCGCGCACGCGAAUCUAACUUCCUUGUUAAAACCUACCAGUAAAGUAUUUAUAUAUGUAUAGUAUAUGUAUAUAUAUAUACACGACGCGCAACACAGGGCUGUUCCCUACACGUGACGAGGAUUAAUUGGCCGCGGAAAAUUCGAGAGAAACGCGAUGUCUCGCGGACAUCGUGGAAAUACCGUUAAAAUCACCGCUUCGCGUGGUUGCCUUUCCCGCUCGCGAGGAGAACUAAAACACGCCGCAACGUGAAACAUUGCGAUUUUCAACGGUUUUGUCGGAUUAGUUAAUUCUUCCUGGAGUUAAAGCCCACUCUCGCAUACCGGAAUUUAACUCCCGUUACCGAUUAAUUCGCACCUCGUGUUCGGGGAACGCAGCGUGUGCGAUACAGAGUGUAUCGAAAAAAAAAUUUUUAUUCUCCGCGAAAAAUCUUAAUAUUCGACGUUAAAAUCGCGACCGGGCGAAAGUACAUGAAUGGAAACGGUCGAUAUAUCGAUUUUUGUGCCAUUCGUGCUCGAUUCGCUCAACGGUACUCCAAAUAUUUGUUAUAUCAGCUAUUUAAUCUCCCCGAUGAAGCCUUCGCUAAGGAAGGAUCGGACGCGGAUUUUACAGGGAAAACGGAGAUAUAUUCGUAACGUGCAUUUCUCGAGACACUCUGUACACGCUCCGAGAUGUGAGAACGGCAAGUGCCAAGGAGAGCCAUCGAGAGCCGUAGCUCGAUAAUCGUACUGCGAUCGACUGAAUUUUUGGACCCACUCUUUAUUAUCGUCUAGCAUUCCUACGUUUAAUCUCGCUCCCCUUGCUCAUCCUCUUCCACCUAUCCUCCGUCAUUCUUCAUAUUUCAGUUAUCACUAUCAUUAAUAUUAUUAUCAAGCAAUUACUAUUAGUAUUUUGUAUUAUAGGUAUUGUAUUGUAAAUUGCAAAGUACGUGCAAUGUUUCGACGAUGAAUAAUAAUCAAUCAUGUUCAACUAA